AACCCGUUGACCUAUUAACUACAUUGAAGUUAUUCAAAUUAUUUGACAAUUAUCAUGUUAACUUCUGUAAUACUUUUUCUUACUUACACAUUUGGGUUCACAAACUCUCUUUCAUGCCUUGAUGAUGAUGGUCAAGCGGUGGACUGGUUUGUGGGUUAUAAAUUACCAAAAAGUUAUGACGUUGUGUUUAUGAACACUGAUCAGAGAAACUGGCAGCUUUCCAAAUAUGCGAUCAAUGAAAAUGGGAUGAUGAGUCAUACAUUCGAAUCUAUGUUUGAGCUAAUUGAUAAGCCUGAUUCUGUAAUUGGAAUGUACAACGAUGAGAUCCCUAAAGGAACUAAUCUGUUCAGCUAUAAUGAAGAGAACUUGUGGUGGGGUCAUAUGAAAGGAGCAUUCGCUUUUGAUGAUACAGAUACAGGAUUUUGGAUUAUCCACAGCAUACCAAAGUUAUCGUUUACGAAUACAUCCUAUGUUUAUCCAAAAACCGGAUAUACAUAUGGUCAACAUUUUCUGUGCGUCAAUCUGGAAAAGAAAUACAUAGACUCGCUAAUUACACAGUUUGCUUUAGCUCGUCCAUUAUUUCAAAGUGCAUAUAUUUCAUCCAGUGUAAAAUCAAAGUUCCCGGAUUUGGCCAAGUUACUUCAGAAUCAAAACGUUUCUACUGAAAUAGAAAGUAACGUUAUUGAAAUGCAAACAGCCGGUAAUUCUUUUCGACUAAAUCAUUUCUCAAAAUCAGUGAAUUUUGGUAAAGAUCUUUACGCUGAUUUCGUUGCACCAACGCUGAAAACAUCUUUGGACACGGAAACUUGGCAACAUGAUGGAAGUAUACCAUCAGCAUGUCAUCGUCAAUAUUCUGUGAAAAAUAUUGAAUCUAUUUACAUUGAAACUACUGAAACUACAAUAUUGAAUGCACAAGAUCAUGCAAAAUGGGCUGUCACUGUAUCAUCAUCAUCAUCAUCAUCAUCCAAUCAACGAACUGAACAUACCAAUAAUAAUAAUAAUAAUAAUAAUAAUCAUUGGAUAUGUCUUGGUGAUAUUAAUCGUCAGCCUCAUCAAUUCAAACGUGGUGGUGGUACAAUGUGUAUACAAGAUCAAAAAUUAUGGCAAUCAUUUUAUGAUUCAAUUCAACGUGUAGAAGAAUGUUCAAAAACCACUUAUACUACUUAUAUUACUCAUUUAUUCACACGAUUAUACAGUAUAAUUGAUAUUGUACAAAUUUUUUAAUGCAUAAACUAUUUAUUGCCUGUGUGUGAUGUUGUUUGUCAUUGAUUUAUUUUUUCUUUUAUUUCUGGAAAUAAUGAUAUAUGUCAACGAUUAUCUCUUCAUUGAAUUAUUUUUUUUAUACUGACAAAUGGAAUGAAUCAUGGAAAUUGAUUUAACUAUUCUUGAAAAAGUUAUUUCUUGAUUGGACAUUGAAAAAAUCCGUUAUUUUUUUUAUGAAAUUUAUAUAUUGAAAUAAUGUAAUUGUUCAGUUAUUUUUUUAAGAUUGUUUGAAAUAAAUACAUUUGGAAAUGUUAAGAUUGAA